AUGAAACUUUAUUAUGCCCUCCUCAUUCUUGGCGAUCUGGCCCAAUCCUCCAUUGCUGCCCCUACGUGCGAAAAGGAGUUGAUUCAACCCCACGCGACCGGCCCGGGCCAGAAGAUUGGUGCCCAUCUCCAUUACGACCCCGCUGACAAAGGCUCCUGCCCUCACUAUACGAGAGACGCUCAAAAUGGCUAUUGCGAUAGCGAUACCUCCAUGAUCGCUUUCCAUUUUGGAGAAGAGAAACCAUCGGUACAAGAUAACGAUGGCACCCAGGAGACCUUCAGCCCCGGCGAAGCUGUAGGACUGCUUUGCUGUAUUCCUAGUCACAAGCUCCUACCAUUUUCUGAUUACUAUAGAGCUCAGUAUAGAACAAAAAACCCAGAAUGGGACGGGCAAUGUGCCCCCAGAGACGGAUGGUUCCAUAACGGUUAUCGGGGUACUCAGAAGAAGCCCCGCAGGAAUUGUUUUGCGGCAUGUUGUUGUGGCCUCUUGGAGGCCUGCAUAACGUCCAAACACAGCUCUAGUGGGACGUCUAAUGACUGUCUCUGCCUAGGCUUGGCUGGUGGCUGCUGCUUUUAA